UGGGGCUGUCUCUGUGGGGCUGUGCUGUGUCUGUGGGGCGGGAAGGGGCGGGCCGGGGCCGUUCCAGCCGCUCCCGGAGCGGACGUGACGCGCUGGGCGCUCCGGGGCCGCCCCGCAGCGAUGGAGGCGCGGGAGCCGCUGCGGGACGUGCGCGGGGCGCUGCGGGCGGUGCUGGCGCGGCUGCGAGAGGGAGAGCCGGGCGAGGGCCGAGAGCCGUUCGAGCUGCCGCGCUUCUGGGACGCGCUAGGUCAGACAUUCCAAGUAACAUCACAGGAAGCUACAAAGCUGAGUCUGGCAUUCUCAAAGCCUCCACUACCUUCUGCAGAGGAUUGCCGGAAGCUGAGUGAAGAUGUCCAAAAUGCUGUUCUUGCAGUUGCCACAGUGUACUACUGGCUACCCAAGGGCCAAGGUACUACUCUUCGGAAGAUGGUUCGAGAUGCUACCACUGAAGUAGUGGAAGGGAUGAUCCAACUCACAGACACAAUUCUCAAUGCCCCAGUGGAGAGCUUAUCUCAGGAGCAGCUGAUAUCAACUGGGGGUGUUUGGGAGGCCUGUGAGCAAGUGUCUAACCUGCCACGAGAUAACCAGGCAGCAGUUGUGUCGGCUCUGGCUGCAUAUCUAGGUGUGGUCAAGGAUGCUGUGGAGGAGAUGGAACAUGCACUGGUGGAAGGGCAGGAUCCCUAUGGGGACAUCAUGGAAGAUGAAGAACUGGGCUUUCGGGGCAACAGAGACACGUAUUGGUCAGAGGCUGACCGGCAGCUGCUCAGCUCCUGCAUGGGAUUAAUGAAGGCUUCUAAAGCUUGCCUCAAGAAGGUCUUGGCUGCAGUGAAGACCCAUGGCAAAGCUGAUUCUCCAGAGCAUAUUGCACAGCUGGAUGACCUGGCAGACAUUGCUAAUGAGAUCAGCCCAAGUGUUGAUGAGCUGGCUCUAAGCAUGUACCCACCUGUGAACCCAUUGGCUGUGCGACUUAAUGCUGCUAAGUUGGCCUCAGUAUUAAAGAAAGUCUUAGAGAUUGCAAAGACAAGCCAUGUAUGUCCACCAUCAGAGGAAGGCUGGGUGCAGUUUCUAAAUGGUGCAGUAGAUCACAACAUGAACAAAGUCAAGAACUUCACACAGGGUCAACUUUAACUCUUCUGUGCCUACGUAUGUUGCUGGCUCUGGAAUCUGCAUUUCCAGUGAACUUUGCUGUUCUUCAGCUGCUUGGGAAAUGAUGAGAACAAUGUAGGAGAGAACUUCACUGCUACUUGGAAGAACUUCUCCAGGAAGUUGUCCUUUGCCAUUGCAGAAGGUGUCAUUUUGCUUGGAUUCUUGAGAUGAUGUGGUGCUGCAUCUUUAUGUGCCCCAUUCUUCAGACAUUACAACUACUGUGGGGUACAGAGAAAAAUAAAAUAUUGCUGGAUUUACA